AAGAGCGGAGCUACUUGAAACACAUGGUAACAGUUUUUGCUUAAGAGCCAGGGAGAGGACUCAGAAGAGGCAGAUGAGCUCCCACUCAGGCUGAGUUCUCAUUAGUUACAAGUUUGCAGUUGAGGGACAGCUGUUACCUGAGAGUGAGAAGCUCUCUCUUCUUAAGGAACCAAGAUGCUUUCCACAUAUGUCUGACGAAGAAACUGAGGACCAGGUGUAACGUGUUCAAAUUCAUUCAGGUGGCAGGUAUCAGAGGACUGCACAAACAAACAGCACUUGUGUGACCUCCAUUGACAUGGAACUCUUCCUGCACUACUCGCUCAUUCCAUCAUUUUUCAUAAUUAUGGUUCUGUCCUUCCUCCAAAGAAGAGUCCAUUACAAGCAGCGAGAUGACAAGUCACACCUCCUUGGUAACCGUUUUGGGAUUGUAAUGCCCCUGGAUUUCAUCGGAACAUUCAAUAAUCGAUGGUCAUAUGGAAUUGCAUUUGGAGCUACAGCAAAUAAGGUUAUGUUCUUAUUUUCUGAAGGCUACCAGCCCCUACAAGUACCACAGUGGGCACAAGCUAUUGUGCUCCUGAUAGGAGGCAUUGAAGUUGGACUCUCACAUUUUCCAUUUUUUGCCUGCCUUUCAUCAGAUUUCCGACUAAUAAGUUCCAUCCUUGGAUUUAUGUACUCUCUGAUUUGGUUUGCCAUCACAAUCUUGCAUAUCGUGCAGUGUCCACAUGGGCAGCUAAUUGGGGCAUACGAAACAGUUAUUUUCUAUUGGCCUUCCCUGCUGUGCCUGGCUUUCCUGUUGGGCCGUUUUGUGUACAUGUUUGUAAAAGCUCUGAAGAUUCAUCUAGGUUGGGAGGUUCAAAAUGAAGAAAGAUCCUUUCUGGAAGUUCAUCAAGCAGAACACGUGAAACAACUCAUGAGGAAACCACCAGAGCAAGAUGAAGAGAAAUCCUGGUUCCAACGUAGGAUCUAUGAAUGGGAUCCAUAUUUUCAGUUCCCAAGUCGAAUGAUUGGUUCUACCGUGUUAGCUUUCAUCUGCUUAUAUCUUUUUAUUAUAAUUGAAUUUUGCGUGUACACAUACAUUGUACAAGAGCUAGACGUAUUUGAGGGGGGACUGGAGAGCUACAUUGCUUCAGUUAAUGGGACAGGAGUACUGACACCAGCUGUUCUACGGAUAAAGGAGCUGAUUAACGUGGUAAAAGGCGUUUGGGUGCUGACCAUUUUUUCUGCCUCCCUCACUUGUAUAAGCUAUUUAUUUCACAUUUUAGCCUGCUACAGAAAACAUAUAAAAAGGCUGUGGUUAGGCGAGAAAAGCUUUAUUCCUUUGAAGUUUCACAAUCCUUCCUCUUCCAAUAGUGUGGUGGCCAUAGCAAGAUAUUCAGGUUGGCAAAUAGCAUAUAUUUUGUGGGGUUACCUCAUCAUUCAUGUGGUCCAGUGUCUGUUUGGUGUGAUGCUCAUGUAUGGUUUGGUUUUGCCAGUAAUUCACAACCAAGGACUGGAAAUGUUGAAAGGUUUGGGCAUUGGAAUUCUCACCAUUUCUAUUGUUGUGGGACUCAUGGUUUUACAACUAAAGAUAGCAACCAGAUUUUUCCUUCAGCCAAAGAUUAAACCUGGAGAUAAUCAAAAACCAUUAGCUCUAAAUAAUAGGAAAGCAUUUCACAACUUCAAUUAUUUUCUGUUUUUCUACAAUGUGCUUCUGGGCCUGGGAGCUUGUUUGUUCCGACUAUUUGUCAGUUGUAUCCUGGGAACCUGGUUAAUAGCACGCAUAGACAGGACUAUCAUGCAGCAUGGUUAUGAAGCUGCAGACAUGGGAUUCCAAGCCUGGAUUGGCAUGCUGUUUGUGGACCAUUAUCAUGCCAACCCUGUACUUGUUGGUUUCUGCCAUAUCUUGCUGAUGGGCAAAAAUGAAAGGAAACUACAGAAAUCUACCCCCUACUGGCACUUAAAUCAUUCAUCUGGUCCUAGAGUUUCAGUAAAGUCCAGAACAAGAUGGUUUUUGCUGUAUACCCUUUUAAAAAACCCCAGCCUUACCGUGCUCAGAAAACCUAAAUCAGCCUUGGGUAUCAGAGUUACUACGCACACAAAUUCUGUUGACGUGCUAUAAAACUGAAACUGACGCUGGAUUUAUCGGACAGAGGACAAUACCUCAGCUUUCCGGAGUUUUCUAAAGAGAGAGCUCAGAAUGGCAGGAUGCUACCAGACCACAUGUAACUAGAUUAUCUCUGAUGAAAGCAAUUGGCUAUCAUCUUUCACGCUGAUUAUAUUUGGCCAAGUGGUUAAGAAAUUCAGUACUAUUUCAUCACAUUAAAAAUCUAAAGGAAUUUUAAGAGUUAAACCCUGUUUUAAAAUUACUUUGACUAUGUGGGCCAUGAUGUAGCUUUGAGGGCUCAAACAAUAUUAGGAAUCUUUUGUCAGUGACUAUUAACAAUGAAAUGGUUUCCCAAAGUGGCAGACUCUCCUUUAAUUCGAAUGAAUUCUUCUCUGGAAAGUGUAACCAUGCCCCAUGAUAGUCAUGGAGUCACCUGACAAAAUUGCAUAAAUCCCAUGGCUUCUAUUGCACUUAUUUUUAAAGCACUUAGCCAGCGCUUGACACAUAGUAGGCACAUAAUAAAUGCUUCUUCCUUUCCCUUAUCUCUCAUAGCAUAUACAUUCUCAGACAGUAUAAAAUUUACCUUUCAUUUCUUUUAUACCAAGUAGGUGAUUUGGAUCUUCACUCUUAAAAUAGUUAGCUUGGGGGCUGCUAAAAAGUUACUUUAGAAAAGAGAACAUCACAUCAUUGUUUUUAUCACAGUUAAUGAGACAAUUGCCCUCUCUGGUUUAAGAAAUCUGUAGUUGUUGCAAUUAAUCUAAUGAAUACACCAGCCUCUCUCCAGCCCUGUGGCUGCUAUAAGGAAUUUGUAGAAAGAAGCAAGGAAAUCUCAGAUCUCUGUGCUGGAAUAUUAGAAGGGGUGUGUGCAUGCAUGUGUGUGCAUAUGCAUGUGUGUUGGAAGAAGGGGAGAACAAGAGAGCUAGGUGAGGCCUCUUUAGGUAGUUCUGGAGCUAUAAUGUUCCUGGAUGACUUUCCUUGUAUUUCUGUUUUCCUCUGAAUUAUGUGUGUUCCUAGGAGAAAUCAUGUGUGUCAAACAAUGAAAACUCCCUGAGGGGUUUUUUACCUUUAAAGAGUACUGAGAAGUAGUAGGGAAGGGGAAAGCCUUGCUUUUAGGAAGUGUCUGUAACUAGGAAUAAGUAACUUUUAGUUGAAACCUAAAGAAGAAAGCUGUUUUCUUAUUGUAAUAUCUCUCUAAUCCUUGAUUUUCAUUUAUUGAUUUUGUCAAUUAAGGAAAGAAAAUUACUUUGCUCAUUUGUUUCUUUGGUUUUGGAAUCUCACUAUAAUAGCUGCUUUUAUGGCAACUUGCAGAAAGUUCAAACCACUGCAACAGAACAGAAGUGACACACAAAAUUGUUUGCUAUCGUUCUGAUAAAUGUCUAGCACAUUACUCAGAACUAUAGCAAUUUUUAUAUAAAAAUCAUUAACUGGUGACAAUAAAAGUUCUUCAAAAGCUGAAUGAAAA